GGAUAGAGCGAGAGCCAGAGAGAGCGCACAGGAUCAUCAGCUGUCCACUGAGAAGCCGAGUAUUUCCCUAUCGGUCUGCCCAAGCGACAUCUCCCUUCCCCUUUACUUAGUCUGCGUUUAUGCCUCGGAAAUCCUUGACAUUUUCCUCGGUCUUAACAGUUUUGUCUUUGGCUUCUGCCCGGUCGUUAUCUGUAGCCUGUAACAGUUUUUACGCACUGCCGCUUAUUUGGAUUUGUCUGUCAUCCAAGGGACCGUGGAUGCACUGUUUUGGCCAAAACCGGAGAUGGAAUUGCUGAUAAUAUGCCUUUCCUUGUGGAUAUUGCAAUGCAAUUCAGUGUACGCGGACUCCAUCAUCCACAUUGGUGCCAUAUUCGAGGAGGGCUCAGCGAGGGAUGACGAAGUCUUCCAGCUGGCCGUCUCCGACCUCAGUCUCAGCGAUGACAUUUUGCAGAGCGAGAAAAUAACCCACUCCAUAAAACUCAUCGAGCCGAACAACCCGUUUCAGGCCGUCCAGGAGGCCUGUGAGCUGAUGACCCAGGGCAUCCUGGCCCUAGUCACCUCCACGGGCUGUGCCUCGGCCAGCGCACUCCAGUCUCUUACGGACGCCAUGCACAUCCCCCACCUGUACAUCCAGCGCCACAGUGAGGGCUCGCCACGCACCGCCUGCCAGCUCAACCCUAGCCCCGGCGGGCAGCGCUACACGCUGGCCGCUCGCCCGCCCGUACGCCUCAACGACGUCAUGCUCACCCUGGUGGAUGAGCUGCGCUGGCAGAAGUUCAUCAUCUUCUACGACAAUGACUACGAUAUCCGUGGGCUGCAAGGUUUCCUGGACACGACGUCCAGACAGGGGAUGGAUGUGUCUCUUCAGAGGGUGGACAGGAACAUCAGUAAGGUGUUCUCCAACCUCUUCACCACCAUGAGGACAGAAGAGCUGAACCGCUACCGGGACACUCUCCGCAGAGCCAUCCUGCUGCUCAGCCCCAGAGGAGCACAAGUCUUCAUACAGCAGGCGGUGGAAACCAACCUGGCAUCCAAGGACAGUCACUGGGUGUUUGUGAAUGAGGAAAUCAGCGACACUGAGAUUAUGGAGCUGGCCCAUAGUGCUUUGGGCCGGAUGACUGUGAUUCGCCAGAUCUUCCCCAUGUGGAAGGACAGCAGCACGCGCUGCAUGAGGAGCAGCCACCGCAUCUCCUCCCUGCUGUGCGACCCCCAGGAAGGCUACCUGCAGUCCCUGGAGGUGUCCAACCUCUACCUGUAUGACAGUGUGCUGAUGCUGGCCAACGCCUUCUACAGGAAGUUGGAGGACAGGAAGUGGCACAGCAUGGCCAGCCUCAACUGCAUCAGGAAGUCCACCAAGCCCUGGAACGGAGGCUGGUCCAUGCUGGAGACCAUCCAGAAGGGUAGCGUCUUGGGCUUGACCGGAACCAUGGACUUCAAGGAGAAUGGGUCCAACUCCCACGUCCAGUUUGAGAUCCUGGGUUCCAGUUUUAGCGAGACGUUCGGAAAAGAUGUGAAGAGGCUGGCUACGUGGGACUCGGUUCACGGUCUGAACGGCAGUCUGAAGGAGAGCCGUAUUGAAAACGGCAUGCAGGGUCUCACCAUCAAAGUUGUCACUUUGCUGGAGGACCCUUUUGUGAUGGUGGCUGAGAACAUCUUGGGCCAGCCUAAGAGAUACAAAGGCUUCUCCAUUGAUGUUCUGGAUGCCCUGGCCAAGAUCCUGGGCUUCAAGUAUGACAUUUACCAAGUGGCUGACAGCAAGUAUGGCUCCCAGCUCCCCAACGGCUCCUGGAACGGCAUGAUUGGAGAGCUCAUCAACAAGAGGGCUGACUUGGCCGUCUCAGCCAUCACCAUCACCCCGGAGCGGGAGAACGUGGUGGACUUCAGCAAGCGCUACAUGGACUACUCCGUGGGGAUCCUCCUCCGCAAGCCCGAGGAGAAGAUCAACAUCUUCUCGCUCUUCGCGCCCUUUGACCUGGCUGUCUGGGCCUGCAUCGCCGCUGCCAUCCCCGUGGUGGGCCUCCUCAUCUUCCUGCUUAGCAGGAUGCAGUCACUGCGUACCCAGAAUCCUCCAGGGGCACCACAGCAGCCUGGUGGAGUGUCCAGCUCCCUCCACAGCGCCAUCUGGGUUGUGUAUGGAGCUUUCGUGCAUCAAGGGGGCGACAACGUGGUGAGCUCUGUGGCACUGAGGAUUGUCAUGGGCAGCUGGUGGCUCUUCACACUCAUCGUGUGUUCCUCCUACACAGCCAACCUGGCAGCCUACCUCACCGUGUCCAGGAUGGACAACACUGUCCGAACGUUCCAGGACCUGUCAAGACAGAUGGAUGUGUCUUACGGGACAGUGAGGGACUCUGCAGUCUACGACUACUUCAGGAACAAGGGAACCAAUCCACUGGAACAGGACAGCACGUAUGCAGAGCUCUGGAGAACCAUCAGCAAAAACAACGGACAAGACUAUUCAGUUUCUAGUCCUUCAGAGGGCAUUCGCAAGGCCAAGAAGACUCCGUAUGCCUUCCUGUGGGACAUGGCGGUGGUGGAAUACGCUGCCUUGACGGACGACGAGUGUACCAUCACGGUGGCAGGCAGCCGUAUGAGUAGCAAGGGCUACGGCAUUGCCAUGCAGCAUGGAAGCCCCUACAGAGACCUCUUCUCCCAGAAGAUCCUAGAGCUGCAAGAGAAGGGUGACCUGGACAUCCUUAAACAGAAGUGGUGGCCUCGCACGGGCCGCUGCGACCUCAACAGCCACUCCAGUGCCCAGCCAGACGGACGCUCCCUCAAGCUGCACAGCUUCGCGGGGGUCUUCUGCGUCCUGGCCGCGGGGCUGCUGCUGGCCUGCCUGGUGGCCGGCUUGGAGGCCUGGUGGAACAGCAACCGCUGCCGGCAAGAGCAGCCCAAAGAGGUUACUAAGGAUUACAGACUGGCAAGGGGGUCUGGUCCAUUGACAUAUAAUGACAUAACAAGUGCUUCAUCGGAAGGGAGGAGAGACAUUUGGACAGAGAGAGAGAGAGACUGGGAUGAAGCAGAGGCUAUUGACACAGGACAAGGAGGUGAAUCUGGAACAGGUGCACCGGCGUAUGAACAGUCUUAUGGACGAGGACAUGGCUCACAAGCAGAUCCCCGGCCCGUCUAUCGAGAUCUCUGCGCUGGACAUCGGCAGCAUGCAGCCCAGCCAGCAGCUGGAGUCUCGGCGGGACUACCCGGCCUCGGGCCUGUCUGUGACCACCUUUCUCCCAGGGGAGGGGGGGCAUCAUGGGGGUCCAGGGGGCCUGGGUCGGACACUAGCCCCCCAGGGUCCUGGCAGCACCCCCCUCCCCCACCCUCUCAGCAGCUCCACCAUCCCCUCCAUUCAGUGCAAACACAGGGCCCCCAACGGGGGUCUGUUCAGGCAGAGCCCCGGCAAGACGCCCAUGCCCAUGUCCUACCAGGGGAUGUCCGCAGGACCCAUACCAGAAGCCAUUGAGCCAACUCACAGUACGUCCAUAUAAGGGAGGCGUCAGUCACCUCAUCUCAGCUGAGAUGAGAACCCCCAUCCCCCCCCCCACCCCUGCCACUUGGUUUUUGAGGAAGGGAUGAUGGGGGGGAAAAGUGUAAUUGAAAAAAAAGAGAAAAAUGUGUAUUAAAAAAAAAAUACAAUUUUUAUUACUUCUUCAGAAACCACAAUGUCGUCAAGAGAAAUUGCUAAUUUUUGUUGUAUAUAUUUGUAAAUACUGAGAGAACGAAGUGAGGUAAAAGUGUAUUUUGAAUAUUCUCAAUUUUUGAAAUUGAGUUAUAAUAAACAAACAAAACAAGAUAAAAAGUUAUAUAAAAAAAACGACUGUUUGAAUGGCUUUGUAAAUUUUGUUCAAUAUGAAUAAUGACGCAGAUUCAUUGUGAUUGUUUUCUAAGUGCCGAAAUAAAAGAUGUCCCUCCACAGUUCAUCAUUAUCGUAGAUGACCAUCCAGCACCACAAGGACAUAGUGUGGAACACUGUCACAGUACACACCUCUAUAACAACCAUAUCUAUACUUCAGCAUUGGAGGAAAAUAAUCCCAAUAGAAGGAUACAUUUAGUUUGAAAGACAUGUACAGUAUAAUUCUCUCUUUUUUAAGUCUUCAUUCAUUUUCUUUGAGUCUUGGUGCAUUAUGUAAUUAUGUUAAGACUGAAACUGAAGUGAUAAUUGUGUCUCAUUGUUUCUACAUUUCAUGAAAUUAUAUUGUUUCAGUUGAAGUUUGAUUUAAUUCUCUUUGUUAAAAAUGGUGUAUGUGGUCUGGACACCCUGUGUAUCCAGUGCAGGGAGUUGGCCAUUACAUGGUGUUGUGUCCAAUUUGACUGUCAUUCAGUGAGCAUUAAAGUCUUGAUAUUACAAAGAAAAAUGUUAAGGAAGGAAAGAUUGGUCUUGGAAUGCUGGUCUUGGAGUGUUUGUAAUGUUCUACAGUAAGAUGACUGUCCUGGUCUCAGAAAGAAGUCCCUAAAGUGUCCAUGAAUUUAUGAGGUUAAGUUCUCUUGUUUUGUGGAAUAGGCUGUAGGAAGUGCUCAAAACAGAAAUGAAAGCUAAAUUAUAUUUUUACACCUAGUUAAGAGUAAAGAUCAUUCUAAAGAAAAGAACAUAUGUUAUAUAGAUAUGUAUUCCUUUUUAUACUGAAAGGUGUAUUGCUGAAAAGUUAUAUACAGGUUUGUCUUUUCUCUAAGCAAUCCAGUCACUUUAACUACAGACAAAAUCAAGUGGAUGUUGUAUUGUUACCGUAAAUCACAUUUACCAUUCGUAAGGGUACUGUUUAAUACAGAUUACUCAAGGUCACAUCUAUUCAUUUGAACGUGAAUCCCACUGCAGAAUGACCCAUGUACACAAAUUACUCAUGCCAGUCAGUGUAAGAUCUCAAACAAAGGAUCAGAUGUUCGAUCAAAUCUUUACCCGAGUUUCAUGUGUAAUUGUUGUGAUGUUUUUAAUCGGUGACUGUGGAACAUUGAGCGAAGUCAGAGAAGGGUUGACCAGAUGUAUUAGUAGCCAUCCGCAAAUCAUUAAACCAUCACCAUCUAGCACUUGGUGGUCAAAUUAAUGAAGUGGGUUGGUUACAGGGCGGCUUAUAUAUACAGUGGAGUACACAUACAAAGAUAGUGUCUAUAGAAUAUUUCCUUCUUGGUCACAUCAUGUGGUCAGCAUAUUCAUUUUCUUGAAAGGUUUUACCUGACAAUAUUGGAACUCAUCAACGUCUUGCAAUUCUACUGUAUACUUGCUGGCUCCUAUCUGACUCAAGCAAGAGAGGCCCCAAGUUAUAUAUGGACCUUGUGUGAAGUUCACCAAGUGACCUGCUGACCUUGUACAGAGAGAAGAGUGUCUCCCACAGAAAAUCUGCAUAUCAGCAAUCAAAAUGCAAUUGUGUCUGCAGAAGGCAAACUUUAAACUCUGUUUUCUGGUCUCUCGAGCCAGCCAAUCCAAAGGGUUUUAAAUAGUGAACCUCAAUUGGAAUUUUGUUGUGUUGUCAUUGAUCCCAUCAUAUGCACAAUGUUAUGGUGUCACCCAAAACUACCUGUGGAAUUCGGUGACAAAUCAUAUACAUUAUAUUAUUGUUAAAGGGUCUUGGUGUAUAUUAUGGUCCUUAUCUCUUGAAAAUGAUGGCAGUAUUCCUGUCAGGUCUUUGGCCAAAAGACAGAGAUAUAGAAGACCGUGAUGUGAUAGGAUUGAACAUAUCUACCAUACCUCAGAGGGAGAGUGAGAAUCAUUCUGUAUGCCACCCCUCUCUUUCUUCACACACAACACAGGAGAGAGGUUGUAAACCUGUAUAUUUUGUACACGUACCAGUAGUUACUAAUGUGAACCAAAGUGAUAUCAUUACUACACUGUGUUCUGCAACCUGUGGCUACAAUUGGCCAGCAGCAGUUACCCCAAGGCUUUGAUUGGUUGAGUGUGGCAUCCCUGUGGCUCUGUUUGAAUAAUGAACAGGAAGUUCCUUUGUUAUUGUGCUAUGACGUUCCACCAACUCCAUGUAUAUCUCUUUUUCUUAAUGAAGGCCCCUACUCAGUGAGAUAAAGAAGAUAUUAAAAAGCUAUCAUAGCAUAUAGUCUGUAACAGUACAUCUAAGGGAGAAUCUUAUUUUAUUUAUGAAUAUGCUGCUUGGAGUUUCUUAAUCUUUAAUAAAGAAAUAUGGUUUACAGA